UUUCCAUGUGCAACCAACCAAAUCCCUAUUAGCGUCUUCUAGACCAACACAAGCGUGCAAGCUACUGAGCUACAACACGUGUCCAGAUCACAAAACCCUCAUAGACCAAAACACGCGAAACGACUCGGACACGUGUCUAAGUUCACACACGUUAUAAAACCCUUAACCACUGGUUCAGUGUUCCUCAGUUCCAGUAAACCUUAUCAGCUAAUAAUAUUCAAACAUUCUCUAAAGAGAGAAAAGAGAGAUGGACGGUAGGGGAGGGUGUUGCAUAGCAAGGUACACCGGUGAAGCUGGACCGUACGAUUACAAUCUCUCUAAAGCAGAUCGCAUCAUGCUUCGUUUUCGUCCCAUCGCUCCUAAACCAACAACUAGCGACGGCGGCGGAGGAACGUCCGUAUCCAGCGGUGGCGGAAGCUCCGACGUCGUUUCUUUUAGAGGAGGUAGAGGAAAGAGGAAAUAUCAGCAGAAGGAGAACGUUGGUAACGCCACGAGGUGCACUCGACGGAAGAGAUCGGAUAAGUCCAUCGUUCACGGCGGCGCUACUACGGUGACUCUGUCGCUGAUGCCGGAGACGCCAGAUCAAGGUGCUUUUACAGAUCGGAAAGUAACGGUGGUGCCGUCGGAGGAGAAGCAGAAGCGGCGGAGUCCGUUUUGGCUAAGUUUCAGCGACGGCGGCCAGAUGUUUACUCCGGCGUAUAACACGGUGGUGAUUUCGUCUUGUAUGACGGUGGAGCGUAUAACGGACGCUUGGAUUGACGGCUACGGUCUAGGGAGGUCUGACGAAGAAAGAAAGAUGAAUCUCGUAAGGGACACGUGUCCUGGAUUCAUAUCGGACGGUUCUGGUAGAGUGACGUGGACAAACGACGCGUACAGGAAGAUGGCUAGGGAUAAUAUUCAUGUGGAAGAAGGUGCACCGGAGGACACGAGCAUGAUCGUACGGUUGGUGAUGAGGGAGAGUCCGAUGCGAACGUACCCGGCUUUCACGUGCAGGGUGAAACUACAGUACACGUGUCAAGAUCGUGAGAGAUGCGUCGUCGCGGUGCCUUGCGACGUGUGGAGAAUGGACGCUGGAGGAUUCGCUUGGAGGCUCGACGUUAAGGCCGCUUUGUGUCUUUGACCGGUAGAGUCGUAGAGAUAUAAUAUAAACCGUAAGAUCAGUAUAGUCACGAUCAGCGACGAACGGUCCCGAUCGUUGCAUUACAUAUGAUCUUCUUGAAACAAAACAUGCAUUAGUUUAGCUACAUUUCUAGUUAAUUAACAUAAUACAUAGUUUAUUGGGUAUGUCGUUUGUGUGCUAUCUUCUUCUCUUUUGUUUUCCUACAGUAGAUUAUGUUUAUAGUUUUUGUCAAAAUGCAUCUUUUU